AUGGCCUCAUCUCCUGAUUCUGAUUCUGAGGAAGCAAAGGCGAUCAAAAUGACUUCAAACCCAAAAAACCAGGUCUCAGAAUCCACGGCGGACGUCUCAGAUCGCCCAAAUCCAAUUGAACACCCAGCCAAACAACCAAUCACAUUGAAACUUAAGCUCUCGCAGGUUGUUCCCAAGGUUUUGUCGGAGAUGCUCAAGGCCAGGCAAGACGCCGCCGCGCCACCUUUGGGACAGCAGCACGCUCAACACGUCACUGGCCUUUGGGUACCAGUGGACACCCCAUUGGCAACCGCACUGCACCGCGGGGAUGCCCCAGCCCCUGCCGGGCAUACUGUGGAUACCGCCCCCCGCCCACCGCGGCACCAAUCAGGCACCCUCCAGUGA